AUGUCCCGCCGGAAGGUCGGCAGCACACCCCGCCGAGUAGACCUGGAGCCCGCUGCCAACCCAGACGACGAGAUGGAGAUGCCAGACCUCAUCAUCGAAGUGAAGCCAGAUCCAGACGAGAGGCCCCUACAGGCCCCAUGGCCGGAGCCCUUUACUCCCCAGGGAAUGUCGGCGCCUGAGUGGUUCGGGGGCAAGACCCGCAGCUCCCCUGACCCCAUGCCCUCUGGGGCCGCCCUCCUCGCUCUCAGCGCGCAGAACCCACGUGCCUGGUGGACGCCGCAGUCUCCUAACCCUCUCGACUGCCCCCCAGAUCUGGUGACCUGCGGCCGCUGCCUGCAGACGUUCCCGUUGGAGGCCAUGACUGCUUUCAAGAACCACAAGAAGCUGGGCUGUCAGCUCUUCAGAGGCCCCAGCCCUUGUCAGGGCUCAGAACGUGAGGACAUGAAAGCUUUGAGCUGCCUCCGCUGCGGCAGACAGUUCACAAGCGCCUGGAAACUUCUGCGCCAUGUGCAGUGGGACCAUGGACUGUCCAUCUACCAGACGCAAUCAGAGGCCCCAGAGGCCGCACUGCUGGGCCUGGCUGAGGUGGCUGCGGCUAUGUCAGCAGUGGUGGGGCCAGAAGCUGAGGCCAAGAGCCCCCAGGUGAAGCGCGUCACCCGGCGGAGCCCCACCUGCCCCGUGUGCAAGAAGACCCUCAGUUCCUUCAGCAACCUCAAGGUGCACAUACGCUCUCACACCGGCGAGCGGCCCUACGCCUGUGACCAGUGUCCGUAUGCCUGUGCCCAAAGCAGCAAACUCAACCGCCACAAGAAGACCCACCGGCGGCCGCUUCCCCAGAGCCCCUGCAUGGUUGGCACCAGCCAGGAACAGGCUUCUGCACCCUCUCCGGAGCCAGCCGCCCAUAUCGCUGCUGGAGCCAGUACCCUCCCCUGUAGCUGUGGUGAGGGGGCUGGAGCCUCCGCUACUGCGGGCAUCCAGGAACUUGGGGCUCCCGACAGCAGUGGGGCUCAAGCAGGCCCUGAUGGGGACAGCUGGGGAGCCAUCAUCAAGGAAGAGAGAAUUGACCCUGCAAACAGUCAGAAGACGUCACCCAAAAAGACACCUGCGUCAGUGGGUAAGUGGCGUGGGCCCGGGGGCAGCUGCGAGUUCUGCGGGAAGUGGUUCGCCAAGAGCAUCAACUUGACAGUGCACCGGCGCUCCCACACUGGUGAGCGGCCCUAUGCCUGUGAGCUCUGCUCCUAUGCCUGUGCCCAGAGCAGCAAGCUCAACCGCCACCGCCGCAUGCAUGGCCCAGGGCCGGACGGCGCCCGCUUUGAGUGUCCCCACUGCUAUGUGCCCUUUGCCCUUCGUGUCACCCUGGACAAACACCUGUGGCAGAAGCACCCUGAGCUGUGGGGAAGGCCUGAGAGCAGGGAUGCCCUCUCUGUAGUCCCUGGUACAUGA